AUGCUAUAUUCCCUCCCCAACCUCUCCACCAAACUAACAACUGCAUACAAAACAAAAAAGCUCGGCAACACCGCCAACUACACGACCAAAAACUGGGAAUCCGACAUAAACCUCGCAAAAGCCUCCUCCAUCGACGCCUUCGUCCUAAACAUGGCCCGCAACGAGCGCCUCCCCACGCAAAUCUACAACGCCUUCACCGUCGCCGCCGACACCUCCUUCAAACUCCUCUUCUCAUUCGACUACGCGGCCAACGGCUCCUGGCCGAAAUCCGACGUCCUGAACCUCCUGAACGAGUACUCCACGCACCCGGCCUACUUCACGCACAAUAAACAGCCGCUGGUCUCGACGUUCGAAGGCCCCGACGCGUGGAAGGACUGGGUCGAGAUCAAGGAUAAGACGAAUGCGUUUUUCGUCCCUGACUGGUCGAGUGUCGAUCCCCGGAAGGCGGCGAAUCGGUCGGUCGUCGAUGGGUUGUUUAACUGGGGUGCGUGGCCCGAAGGUCCCAGGGCGAUGAAUACCUCGGGGGAUGAGGCGUUCGUGUCCGCGCUAGACGGCAAACCGUAUAUGAUGCCCGUCUCGCCGUGGUUCUAUACCAACAUGCCUGGGUUCGAUAAGAAUUGGGUGUGGAGGGGCGAUGAGCUGUGGUUUACGCGGUGGGAGCAGGCGAUCCGGCUGGGUCCGGAGUUUGUGCAGAUCAUCAGCUGGAACGAUUAUGGCGAGUCGCAUUAUAUUGGACCGCUUGGGGCUGGGGAUGGGGUUGAUGUGUGGGAUGCGUUUGGGAGGGGGAAGGCGCCGUUUAAUUAUGCGAAGGGGGUCGAACAUGAUGGCUGGAGGACGUUUUUGCCGUUCCUCGUGGAUAGGUAUAAGCGGAAUGAGACGGAUGUGGAGGUGAAAGGGGAGGAUGAGAAUGUGGUCACUUGGUAUCGGUUGAGUAGUGAUGGGGCCAGUGGGUGUAAGGAUGGGGGCACGACGGGGAAUGCGAAGGUGCAGGGGCAGAAGGAGUAUAAGCCGGAGGAGAUUCUGGAGGAUCGAAUCUUUUAUUCGGCGUUGUUGGGCAGUCCGGCGAAUGUGUCGGUGAAGGUUGGUGGGGAGGCCAUCGCGGCGAAGUGGGAGGUUGAACCCAAGGGGGGGAAGGGUGUGUAUACAGGGAGUGUGGAGGUGAAGGGCGAAGGCGAUGUCAAGAUUGUGGUGCAGCGAGGGGAGGACAUCGUGGCGAAGGUCGAUGGAGAGAAGAUCAAAGGGGAUUGUGAGGAUGAUGGAGGUUACAGGAAUUUUAACCCGUGGGUUGGGACGUCGGGGGCGAAUGUUGUUAGGGCUGGAGGUUUGGGAAUGGUGGUGACCGCGAUGGUGGUGGGUUUGAUCAUGGGUUGA